GAGACAGAGAAGUGGUGAGAGAGUGAGAGAGUCAGAGAGAGUCAGAGAGAGAGCGUUUGUAUAGUAGAGUAGAGGCAGAGAAGUGGUUCAGAACAUAUUCUCUCACUCUGCGGCUAAACAUGCUUUGGACGUUUUUUACAUUUACACCAUCUGAGCUUUUCCUCUUUCUUUGAAACAUGACUUAACACCAAAGUUUGCUUUUUUUGUGAAUUACUUUUUUUAUUCAAUUGUAAAUUCUCGGAUAACACAAAUCUCUGGAAGCUGUUCUGCCAUGAGUGCGUCUGCAGGGACGGGGGUGUUCGCCCUCUCCUUGAUGUCCAUUCCCACCUGCUAUUUGUUCAACUCCUUCAUUUACAGCAACGGUGCUGAUGCUUUCUUCUUCGCUGGGUGUACCACAGUCCUCAUCCUGGCAAUUUCAGCUCAUUUUAUGAUCAUGAAGAAGGCUCCCACAGAUCCUCUUUUCUAUGUGUACGCUGUGUAUGCAUCCCUCAGUGUGGUGAAUCUGAUCAUUGGGCUGGAGCAGGACAACAUCAUUGAUGGAUUUGUGACGUUUUACCUCAAAGAGGCAGAUCCACAUAUUAACACAGCGCAUGGGCACAUGAUCUCCUAUUGGGACGGCUGUGUGCACUAUCUCAUAUAUCUGCUCAUGAUUGCUGCCAUUGCUUGGGGGGACAGUUACCGAGCCAUUGGACUCUACUGGGUGGGAUCUUUUCUCAUGCGUGCCAUAGUUUACAUUCUUGGGAAUGCUGUGGGGAAAUACGAGACCCAUGUUGGUCCUCUGUUCCUCCUCCACAUGUUGUACAUCUCAGUGUCCGUCUGGGCCUGUUUGCGUGUCUUCAGCCAGCCCUCCAUCCAGGACGUUCAGACAACAAACAUACAGGAGGCACAAAGUAAAGGUUUACUCCACAGACCUCUGGACUUCCUCUUCAUUAUCUACCUCAUCCCUGCCGGGGCUUUCUGCGUCUUCAGAGGCCUGGUCGCUCUGGACUGUUCCAGCAAAUGUUGUCGAGACUACACUCAACUGUAUGAACCUUACUUGAAAGACCCUUCAGCUUAUCCUAAAAUCCAGAUGCUGGUGAGCUUGCUGUACUCUGGUCCGUACUACAUCAUCACUCUCUACGGGCUGUUGGUCCCAGGAUGUGAGUGGAUGCCAGACCUGACUCUCGUCCACUCCGGAGCACUGGCACAGGCUCAGUUCUCUCAUAUUGGAGCGUCUCUGCACACACGGACACCGUUCUCCUACAGAGUGCCUGCUGACAGCCAGAUGUUAUUUUUGCUGAUCAAUGUCCUGUACGCUGUGGUGCCUCAGGCUCUGUGCUACCGCUGCUGCACCAGGCCGGACUUCUUUCUCAGGCCAACACCAGAGAAGAAAAGUGAUUGACCAGAGUGUCAGUGAUGGAGAGAGAGUGCCAGGGAUGUCAAGGAUUUCUAAAUAAAAGACUUGCAAGAACUUGCAAAGUGCUGCUCUUUUUUUGCAGGUAUUAGCAUUUGCUAUUUUUGGACAAGGAGCCGUGACCUGUGGGCUCAAUGAGUGGGCAGUAUUGGAAACAUGACAAAUACUCAGGUGUCGGCAGAGUGUCCGUCAUCUGAAUGUCAGGUUAAAGAAAAGAGAUCUGUGGAUUGCAUUCAAACUACUUGACAAUACUACAUAUUUUUGUGUUUUGGUUUGAAAAACUGCUGUGGUGGAGUGUGUAUGUGCAGCACCUUUCAGACAGUGUCUCGACAAAUAAACAAAUAAUUCACUUG